ACUCUGGCUGCCUGCGAGCAGGAGACUUUAACACAGAGCGAUGAAGGUGCUGACCAAAGAGGAGCUGAAGCUGGCAGAGAAGACCCUCAGACACUACCUGCCGAAGUCUCAGCAGGUUUUGAUCUGUCCUUUGAAGAGACGAUGAAGGCUGUAGCAGCAAACAGAGGCGUGCCAGGGGCCAGGCUGGAUGUGUGCCACGUGAUGACACUGCAUGAUCCCUCUGACCUUCCAACUGACAGGCUAUCAGUACAGGUGUCAUCGCUCCAGGAGUCUCAUGCUGCUCUGGUCAAUAGUACAUGGAAGUUUCGCAUUGGAGAAUUCAGUGAACGAAUAAUUAGGAACAUGAUCCUGAAUUUCCCUUCGUGUUGUGUGUUGGACUCAGAUGGUCAGCCAGUGGCAUGGAUACUGACCUACUGUGACUGUGCAAUGGGAAUACUGUACACAAUGCCGGGGCACAGAAGGAAAGGCUAUGCCAAAGCCCUGGUCAGUACAAUGGCAAAGAAGCUCCAUUCAAAGGGCUACCCAGUGUACUGCUUCAUUGAAGACGAUAACAGGCUGUCUUACAGGCUCUUUGCAAGUUUGGGUUUCACUGAGGACCCGUCUUACAGGGUUACCUGGUACAGCUUCAAUAAGAUGUUUCUCAGUUCACAAUGAUAGUUUAGUCUUAAUUUUUUUUUGUUUUAAACUCAGUUGCCCUUUUUACCUGGUUUGUCCAUAUCCCUGGUCUCAUAUUAAGCACAAUUCAGUGUGGGCUGGGAAAAAUAAUAUAAACCAAUGAUGUCACAUUUCAGACCCUCAGAUGCUUCCUGAUAACACUUUAUGCAAAAAAGCUACACCAGAAUGAAACUUCUCACAGCACUGUAGAAGGUAAACUUACUGUUAGAUUCACUUUAUACACUAUAUGGACAAAAGUACAGAAACACAGAAAUCAUCCAAUUGGACUCUGGAGCAGUGGAAACAUUUUCUGUGAAGUGAUGAAUUAUGCUUCUCUAAAUGGAAAUCUGAUGGAUGAGUCUAGGUUUGGGCGAAUGCCAGGAGAAUGUUAC